AUGGGUCGAGGAGGAUAUCAUUCGAAUCGGGCAGAAUUCCUUUCGGAUGAGGCCAUACUAAAAUACAGCAGAAACGGCGGAUGUUUCGUUACCACCAAAAAAGCAAUAGCAUUUGUUAUAUUCGCAUUAGCGUCGCUUUUGGUAGUCGUUUUAUUGAUGUAUUAUUAUGGCCCGAGUAAAACCACUGAGAAAAUAAUUAAAGAAUCAAAUGAUAUAGAGAAACUUAUAAACGAUACAAUAAAUGAAGAACAAACCAAAGAACCGCUGAGAAUACCAAAAUCCCUGAUACCAUACCACUAUCGAUUAUGGAUCCAUCCGAUAUUAGAUGAAGACAACGAUAAUAACUUCACAUUCACCGGUCAUGUCGUCAUACAAAUUAAUUGCACCGAAAACACCAAUAAAAUUAUACUGCAUUACGACGAUUUGAUCAUCUCAGAAUCCGAUAUUACCGUAUACAUUCCAAACGUAGCACCUCCAGAAGAUGAACCAGAGGGCGAGGAACACGACAUAUCGCGCCGGGAUAUACCUGAAGAUGCAGAUGAGACAGAAGAAAAAAUGGAAACUACUACAGUCGUGACCACUGAAGCUGCUGAAACAACAACUGAAAACGAAAUUACCACGAUGACGGAGUCUGAUGAGGGGGUUACUGAAAGGGUGGUAUACAAACCCGAGAAGAUAUUGCUAAGAGUGGUCAUGGUGGAGAAAGAUGAUGUUAAUUUCAAACUUAAAAUAUCAAUGGCUGAUGUCCUGGAGAGCGGGAAAACCUAUUUCGUCGAUAUCAAAUUUUCAGGGGUUAUUUUAGAAAACCUAAUAGGAUUGUACAAAACUAGUUACGUAGAUUUAUCGGGAAAUACAAGAUGGUUGGCAACUACGCAUUUUCAACCGAUCUAUGCGAGACGAGUUUUUCCAUGCUUCGAUGAACCAUUCUUCAAGGCGCCGUUCGAAAUUAGCGUUGCCAGAAGAACAAACAUGACGGUUCUUUCCAACAUGCCCCUGAAGAGCACCGAGCCUAUGAAGAACAAUUCGGGCUGGGUGUGGGACCAUUUCCAGACCACUCCCCCCAUGUCCACGUACAUUGUAGCUUUCACAAUAAGCGAUAUGAAGAGUAUCUCGGCCAAUAAACUGCUCGGUCCGGCCAUUAAAAUUUGGGCACCGGAAGGUGAUCUGCCGCAAGCGCAGUACGCUCUCGACGUCACGAUGGAGCUCCUGCCUUUCAUGGAAGAAUACUUCGAUACGCAAUAUCCCCUGCCUAAGCUGGACUUGAUCGCUAUUCCGAAUUUCGGGAAAUCCGCCAUGGAGAACUGGGGGAUCAUUUCGUUUAAGAAGUCAUCGAUGCUUUUUGAUCCUUCCUCUACCAGCAUUAAAACGAGAAGCUUCAUAUUGGCUAAGAUAGCGCAUGAAUUAGUGCAUCAGUGGUUUGGUAACUUGGUGACAAUGGAGUGGUGGUCUGAUCUUUGGUUAAACGAAGGUUUAGGCACCUUCCUAUCCGAAGUGGCGAUUGUGAAAUUGAGGCCUAAGUGGCACGCAUACAGUAGCAUCAAAGUUCGAGACACUUACAACACCUUAUACGCCGAUAGCCUGAAAUCGGCUAAGAGCAUUCAAGGCGAGGUAACUACAUCGGCUCAAAUCGAGCCGAUUUUCGAUAGCCUCAUUUACCAAAAAGGCAGCAGCUUACUAAAAAUGCUGAACUCGACUUUAUCUCAAGACGUCUUCAAAAAAGGCCUGCAAAGCUUCGUUAAAAAAUUCGCCUACCAAUGCGCUACUCAAGACGAUCUGUGGGAACUGUACACCGCCACCGCCCAAAACCAAAGCCUCAUACCCAACUCAGUAACGGUUAAGGACUUGAUGAACUCUUGGUCCACGCAAAGCGGCUAUCCUUUGAUUACCAUCAACAGGGACUACAAUACCGGCAUUGCCAACAUCAAUCAAACUAAAAUGACCGAAAGCACUAACCAAACUUCGGAAGAACUCUGGCAUGUUCCCAUCACAUACAUUACCAAAGAUGAAGAGAACAUUAAGGAGAUUUGGUUGGAACGCACUAGAGAAACCACCCUCAAUUUAAGCGACAUGGGAAAUAAGAGCUGGAUAUUAGCGAAUAUCGAAGAAACUGGUUUCUACAGAGUGAAUUAUGACGUUGCCAAUUGGAAGCUUCUAAUCUACCAACUUCGAACGAGCUCGCAUCAAAUCCCUGUAGCUACAAGAGGACAAUUAAUAGAUGAUGCUUUCGCACUAGCUAACACCGGCUACAUAAACUACACCAUAGCAUUCGAUUUAGUAAAAUACCUGUACAUAACAGAGCCUAAUUACAUCCCGUGGUACGCAGCGUUGAAGAACAUGGAAGAGCUGAGGGAGAUCACCAGCAACUACGAGUACUCCGGUUUGUACGACAGUUUUCUGCUGAAAUUGGUGAAACCGAUGUUCAAUGAACUGCAAACGGAGACGAGGGUGUACGAUACGCAAAACGAAAAGCUGCUGAGGCUGCACAUCGUGCAAUCUGCCUGCAGAUUGAGGUAUGGUAAAUGCAUAUCGUGGGCUAGAAGUGAAUAUUUCAAAUGGAUGCAAACUGCCGAGCCGGACCUAAUAAAUCCUAUACUGGUUGAUUACCGAUUCAUUGUUCAAUGCACGGCUAUCAGAUCUGGAGGGCUGUACGAAUGGGAUUUCUUAUGGAACAGGACCUUAUCUCCUUCUAUAGCACCUGUGGACUUGCAGACUGCUUAUAUGAGUUUAGGUUGCACCUAUGACCCCUGGUUGAUUAACAGAUACCUGGAAUAUUCCCUAGUGGGUAAUGUCAGUUUGGAUAACGUGCCAAUCGUUUGGGAAUCCAUUAGUCACACCGUGGGAAUUCGAACGGGCUUCCAGUUUUUGAGACUGAACUGGGAUAGGAUUUAUAAAAGCUACGAGGAGGUUUUUCUCGUUUUUAACACAAUCUUUCACGAUUUCUUAAGUCAAUUUUCUACCGAGGUUGAUUUGGAAGAUCUUACUACGUUCUAUAAAUUACAUCAGGCUGAUUUGAAAACAAUUUCUGGCGUGCUGCAGAACACCGUGGAUAGAAUAAAAGCACGUAUCAAUUGGAAGACUAAACAUUUGGAUUCUGUCGUUAGUUGGUUGAAGAAAAAUAAGUUUUAA